UUGGCGUUACGUCGACUACAAACAAAGGCUUUAUAAGCAGUGAGCCCACUGCUCAUCGGACACAAUCCAACAUGUACAACACAUUCGCCGCAAUGAGAUUUUCACCGUACACACAACUCUCUCUACCAACGCAGAGAUUUCGACAACAAGGGAUCGAAGGCCUGUGUUCUUGUUGCUAUUACAAUUCAGGUUGCAGCUACUCGAGCUAUGGUUCAGGAUUCGGGAUUUAUGGUUGCGCGGAAAUGCUCCCCAAACCACCAUACUCUUACGUUGCUCUCAUAUCCAUGGCCAUCAAGAACUCGCCGGAGAAAAAAGUUACACUAAGCGGGAUUUACCAGUUUAUUAUGAUGAACUUUCCGUACUACCAGCAGAGCAGAAGAGGUUGGCAAAAUAGUAUUCGGCACAAUCUCUCGUUGAACAAGUGCUUUGUGAAAGUUCCCCGCGACAAAUCGGAUCCUGGAAAAGGCUGCUACUGGACUCUGGAUUCGUCCUUUGAGGAGAUGUUUGAAGAGGGGCGAUUUUGGAGGCGAAAACGAAGGCCGAAACAAAUAGUCAGUGCGAGACAACGAGAAGAAGACACUUCCCCGAGUUCUCCUAGAGAAGAGCACGUCGAAGAGACAGAAGAGCAAAGCGAGAAAACCGUCAACAGUGCAAGUUCGAGUUACGAUCGCGACAGAGAAGACAAGAAAUUGGAGACUUCUGACAAUGAACUUUGUCAUGAAAGUUCGUUCGAAAAACAGCGUUGUUUUUCGCAACUACAAAACCAAAGACACUCGACCUUUCCUGACGAACAAAAUAUGGCUAUGGAUGCAAAAUGUGAUGACUCUUCAACUUGUGGUUUGAAGUUUAGCAUCGAAAGACUCCUUGGUGAUCGAUGAUUGUCAUAUAUAUUAGCUUGAAAAGUAGAACUGUAGAGUUCCUUCUAAGAGACAAUGAACAGCAGAAGUACAAGUAGAAAUGUUUCAAUAUUACGUUUCUACGAGAAACCCAAAAUUUGAGUUUGAAUGAAUAACCUUUCAGAAACUGAUGUCAAGAAAAAUCGAACAAACACUGGCUAUUUAAAUUGAUCUCGGUCAGAAAAAGUGUUAUCAUCUAGAAUUGCAAAAUCAAAAUUAAACCAGCUUUUUAAGCCGCGUCGCGGUUGUUUGUAAUUCAAGUCAAUCAAAUGAAAUGUAUUGAUGUUUUCGCCUCUGUACAGACUGCCGAGACAACAUUUUAUUUCAAAGCAGAAAUCAGGGAAAAAAAAUGUCUCAUAUCCGUUGUCCCUGGUUUAUAUUUAAUGUGUAGGAGUUGUGGCAAUCAAAGGAGAUUUCGGUUUUGUUUGCGGGCAAGUAGUUGUCAUCAAGGUACUAGUGUUUUCGAGAGUCUCAGUGAAAUGGGAAGUUGUUCACUUGAUAAUAGUUUCGACAACACCGUUCUCUCUCAAGUCAAGUUGACAAAAUAUUUUAUGAUCAAAUCGUUGUUCAUGAGUUAUCUAUAAUGGGUUGCCAAAAGAAAAAGUAAACAAGCCAGCGAACAACUAAGAAGGUCUUAAGACCAUAAGAGAUCCAGGGCGAAAACGUAUUUGUAGCAAGAUGUCUACAUGUCGAUACAUGAGCAAAUUGCGACAUAACAAAACCAAAAUUCAACCACACGCUGGAGACAUUUUCAAAACACACUCGUUGUUUACGUUACACUGUACUGUAAAAUGAUAAACAAGCGAAUAAAAAU